AUGUUGAGAUUACUGGCUACUAUUCUGCCAAUUCUGGCAGUUGUCAAAUUCGGUACAGCCAGAAGUCUCGCGAAUACCGAGUAUAUGCCAGAUAUUGAAACUGUUGAACUGCCAGUGGGUCGAUUUCCAGAACCGAACUGUCGUUACAAAAUUCAUUUGGUCAAUCGCUAUGGACCAAUGUUGAAUCGGUAUGUUUCGUAG